UCUAAUGUGUUCUCCAUGUUUGAGCAGAGUCAGAUCCAGGAGUACAAAGAGGCUUUCACAAUCAUUGACCAGAACAGAGAUGCCAUAAUCAGCAAGGACAAUCUUAGGGACGUGCUGGCCACCAUGGGUCAACUGAACACGAGUAAUGAGGAGCUGGAAGCCAUGGUCAAGGAGGCCAGCAGUCCCAUCAACUUCACCGUCUUUCUCACCAUGUUCGGCGAGAAGCUGAAGGGUGCUGAUCCUGAGUACAUUAUCGUGAGCACUUUCAAGGUCCUGGACCCAGAGGCUACCGGCUUCAUCAAGAAGGAAUUCCUUGAGGAGCUCCUGACCACUCAGUGCGACAGGUUCACCGCUGAGGAGAUGACCAACCUAUGGGCUGCCUUCCCCCCAGAUGUGGCUGGCAAUGUAGACUAUAAGAACAUCUGCUAUGUCAUCACACACGGAGAGGAUAAGGACGAAGCGUAA